AAUUAAAACCACUUUGUUGUCGCGUGGGUGCACUGUGGUUGCCAUGGUGCUGAACAGACACGACAAAAGAAGAUUGAGGUUUCAGAGCAGCUAGCUUCCUUUUCUCGCGUGACAAGGCGGUAUGAAGGGUCACAGCGGGAAGGUCGCAGUUUUCGUCCGGAUCAGACCAACCGCAAACUUUGCUCAAGACCUGAUUGAAAUUCUCCCAGAUGGACAGACAAUAAACAUUUACCAAGGAAAAGACUCAAAGAAGCGCCUGGAAUCCAGAAGAAGUCAUGUGAGCUCCCAGUCAUUUCAGCUGGAAAGGAUCUUGCAUAAUGUCUCCCAAGAAGAGGUGUACAUUCAAGUAUGCGAAAGGGUAGUGUUGGGAGCACUGGAUGGAUAUAACGGUACAGUCAUGUGUUUUGGACAGACAGGUGCUGGGAAAACCUACACCAUGACGGGAUCUGCUCAGUCGUACAAGCAAAGAGGAAUCAUUCCUCGGGCCCUCCAGCAGGUGUUCCAGGAGAUGGAAAAGAGGACUGAGCACACCAUCUCAGUGCACCUUUCAUACCUGGAGAUUUACAAUGAAAGUCUGCUGGACCUGCUGUCAUCGCUGCAGGACCCACAACACCUGUGUCCUCAGGGCAUAGUGGUGAUGGAGGAGCCAGGCAAAGGGGUGUUCAUCAAAGGUCUGUCUCUUCACCCUGUUCACAGCGAGGAGGAGGCUCUUACACUGCUGUUUGAAGGUGAACUGAAUCGUAUUAUUGGAUCAAAUGCCUUGAACAGGAAGUCAUCCAGGUCACACUGCAUCUUAACUGUCCAUAUUGAGUCUCGCUCACGAGCAUUGUCUGAUGCCAAGUACAUCAUGUCCAAGCUGAAUCUGGUGGAUUUGGCUGGUUCUGAGAGGCUGAAAAAAACUGGGCCAGAGGGACAGAUGUUAAAGGAAGCCGUGUACAUCAAUAAGUCCUUAUCAUUUCUGGAGCACACCAUCCUGGCGCUAGCAGACCGUCACAGAGACCACAUUCCCUUCAGGCAAACUAAAUUGACGCAUGCCCUCAAGGACUCCCUGGGUAAAACCACACAAUGCUUGGCUUUUAUGUGUUUACACCAAAUAUUUGGAGGGAACUGCAACACUGUACUUGUGGCAAACAUCUUUGGUGAGGCCUCACAGAUAGAAGAAACACUCUCUACUUUGCGUUUUGCCAGCAGAAUGAAGUGUGUGCACACCAGCCCUGCUGUUACUGAACAUAUGGAUCCAUCAGUUCAAAUCAUUAAACUUCAGAAAGAAGUACAGAUGUUGAAAGACGAACUGUCUAUGUACAACACACUGGCACAGCGACCUGAUGUCACAUACGAGCCACUUUCUGAAGCCCAGCAGGCUGAGAUCCAGAGCCAGGUUCAGGGUUACAUUGAUGGAAGCCUGGAAGAAAUCAGCAUCAUCAGUAUAAGGCAGGUUCAAGCAGUUUUUGCCCAAUUCAAACUGGCUGUGCAGAAACAGGAGCAGAAGGUGAAGGAUCAGCUAUGCCAAACCUACAACUUGGUUAAAAAGGACCAAAAUGCCAAUGCAGCUGUAGUGAAGGAGUGUGAUACCAGAAGCAGUUCUCAUGAUGUGGAGGCUGACAGCUUUGCAUUGUCACAAAAACUGUCCCACAGUUCAACCAAAGCCAAAACUAAGAGGUCCAGAGAUGGACAGAACCAGAGCCUGAGACAGGAAGAAGGGAUUCCUGUUUUAAUGAGGUAUAUGGACAAUGCCUCAAAAUCAAAGCUGAAUUCUGUCCGGAAACCUAAGAAGGAGCCACAAGAACUGGUCAUUGAUAGCCUGGAUAAAUCAGAAUCAAAAAUGUCUGCUAAUGAGCCAGUCCUGCCUGAGUCUCCUCCCACCAAAGCAGAAGCUUUUGAGGAUUUCAAGUUGGGACAAGGUAGCAAGAUCAACCUCAUCCUAAAGGAAAACAAAGCUAUUCUGCUAGAACGUCGCAGUCUUUUUCAGCAGCUCACAGAGGAGGUCAGCACUGUCAAGAGAGAGAUGGACUGUAUCACAGCAACCUUACAGCAGCAUGAGAUGAGAGGAGGACCAGAUGAUCAGUAUUUGCUGAUGGACUGGGACUCAGGACUGCAGCAGACAGAGGCCUCCUUACUAAUGCGUCUUGGAGAACUAGGAGCAAAGUACCAGCAGAGAUACGAAGCACUUGGGGACAUCAAGGCGGAGGUCAACUACUGUCAACACCUUGUGGAUAAGUGCAGGGUGUGCCUGCUUUCUGAAUUUGAGACCUGGUACAAGCAGCAUUUCCAGUUACCCAUGGAGCCGAACAUUAUUAUGAACAAGAACGGUACACAAUCUCAGGAAAAGGAAAGUCAACCGUCAUUGGUGCAGUCACAGCGUGAGCUUCUUCCUGACAGCCCCAGCUCUGAAUCCUUUUUCAAUGCCCGCUACAGGACACUGACACGAAGACACAGCAGAGUGCAGUCAGCUGCUCCUUUUCAGUCUCCAGGGUCCAGGCAGAGAAGACUUCCUUUGAUUCUCCCUUUUUUCCCAGUGAAGUGAGUUUUAUGUACAAACCUGAGUUACUGAAUUUCACAAGUACUAAAUGUGACGUGUAAUUUCCUAAUUGUACCAGCUUUCCACCCAACUGCCCCAU